AUAUUAUAAGGAUAUAAGAACAAAACGAUGAACUCUAUAACAUAUUGGAAAAGGAGAAUCAUUAUAGGACAGUCGUUCUUCUUUUUCGUGUAGAAGUUGGCUCCAACGUAUACACGUUAUACGGCCAUAUAGGACAGUCCAUGAUGUAAUAAUAUUACAUUUACAUCAUGCAAUAUUAUAAUGUAAUAUUAUUAGUAUACACAGUUGAUGUCGAUCCAGUCCAGUGCAAGGACAAAAGUGUACAAUGCACGCCAUAUUGUUGACACUGACAUAUAUGUAUCAACAAUAUGGCGAAACCAAUCAAAUUCAUUCUUCUUCCUUGACUAAACAUAUGCUUUACAAGCAAAAUUUAAUUAUUCCUUACUCUUGUAAGAGAUUCAGCUGUACUUUUAGCAUUUAAAAUAUACAUAUAUGUUAAACUUUGAAAAGGGUGAAGGAGCGAAAGAGAAUUAAACAUAAACUGCAUCUCUUAUGUAGAUAGAUUAGAGAUUAUGAAAAUAAUAAUAUUGAGAUAAGAGAUUAUGAGAUAAUUAUUAUAAAAAUCUCCCAUUAUUAUAGAAAUUAUAUAAAAAAUUUAUGUAAAAUUAUGUGAAACGGGUGUAGGUGUCGAUCGCGUCCCGCGCCACCUACUGUCAUGACGUCAGACUAAUCGCGGAUCGAACGGUUCUUCCGAGGAGCCGUUUCGCCGCUCUAGAUACAUAUAUAUACAUAUAGUCGCCCUUUUUGUUUGCGUUCCUUCUUGACAGUUAGGGCCAUGUACGUUUGAAAAUUCGAUGUAUGUAACAGAUUUAAUGGCCGCUGGAAGGUCGUGAGAGAGCGAAUUCGCGUGAGCCAGCGGCACACUCGCGUUUCGUGUGCCUCUCGUUUUAGCGCGCGUUUCAACGCCGCGACUCAGCCGCGAUUAAUAACACGCCGACCGUGUCGGAUUUUGAUUUAUUGUCAUCUUGCUAGAGGAAGUCCCAUGUGAGUCAUUCUUUUAGGCAAGUUAAUCAAUCAUGGAGCAAGAUACAGAGUAUAUGAAAUUACCUUUGGAGGAGCGCUGUGCACACAAGUCUUGGCGAGCACGUUUACAUGGAUAUGAGGAAUGCGUGAAGACAUUCCAGUGUAUUGACGAUGAAAAGUCACCAGAGUGGAACAAGUACAUGGGUUUUAUCAAAAAGUUCGUGGUGGAUAGCAAUGCAGCCGCGCAGGAGAAGGGCUUGGAAGCAACCCUGGCCUUCGUAGAGAACGCCGCAGUAGCCGGCAAGAUAGUCGGCGAAGUGAUGAAUGGCAUCGUGUCCAAAUGCAUCGCUGCGCCUAAGGCUAAAACAAAGGAACUGGCCGUGCACAUCACGCUGAUGUAUAUCGAAAUUGAGAAAUAUGAGGCGGUGCAGGAGGAGCUACUGAAAGGCACCGAUGCGAAGAAUCCGAAAAUUGUUUCAGCGUGCAUCGCUACCUUAACGCUGGCACUUAAGGAGUUUGGACCAAAAGUUAUCAAUAUGAAGCCGCUGAUAAAAAAGAUGGGAAAUUUCCUUGAAGAUAGGGACAAGACAGUGCGGGAGGAGGGUAAAGCUAUGGUGGUAGAGAUGUAUCGGUGGGUGGGUGAUCGUUUGAAGCAGCAACUGAAUACGUUGAAGCCAGUGCAUGUCACGGAGCUCGAGACGGAGUUUAACAAUUUCAGCGACGAAAAAGUAAUGCCCAUGCGUUAUCUACGCUCGCAGAAGCCGAAAAAUAUGGGCAAGAAUGGUGACUUAGCGGCAGGGAACGAUAAUAACGGCCAGGAUGAGAACGAAGACGCGGAUGGUGCUUCUAUCCCGGAUAUAGAUCCUUACGAUCUGUUGGCGCCUGUGGACAUUUUGUCAAAAUUGCCGAAAGACUUUUACGAAAAAGUCGAAGCAAAGAAAUGGCAGGAGCGAAAAGAGUCGCUGGAAGCGCUCGAAACACUCGUUAAAAAUCCGAAACUGGAAAAUGGUGAUUACGGCGAUGUUGUGAGAGCCUUGAAGAAAAUUAUCUCGAAAGACAGUAAUGUAGUGGUAGUCACGCUAGCGGGAAAGUGUCUGGCCGGCCUGGCCACAGGCCUGAAGAAACGAUUUCAGCCGUACGCCACUGCUUGUCUGCCCACCGUACUGGAAAAAUUCCGCGAGAAGAAGCAGACAGUGGUGCAGGCAUUGCGGGAGCUCGCUGACGCCAUCUACGAGAGCAUCAGCAUUGAUCUCAUCCUCGAGGACACUCUGGCCGCCUUGGAUAAUAAGAACCCGGCUGUAAAGGCUGAAACGGCCGCUUACUUGGCCCGAUGUUUCGCGCGCACGCCACCGGCCAAUCUCAAUAAAAAGCUGCUCAAAUCGUAUACCAGUGCGUUGCUGAAAACGUUAAACGAGCCGGAUCCAACAGUGCGUGACAACUCGGCGGAAGCGCUCGGCACGGCGAUGAAAUUGAUCGGCGAAAAGGCAAUGAUGCCGUUCCUUACGGACAUCGACAAUUUGAAGAUGACGAAGAUUAAGGAGUGCGCCGACAAAGCGGUGAUACUCGUAAAAAUAACGGGCGGUACGAAGCGACAGGAACGACCUAACACUGCUCCCGCCAAAGUGGAAUCGCAACAGACGAAUAAAGCGAGCAAAGACAAUUUGAAGAAUGUCAAACCGAAAAGACCCAAUACCGCGACCACAAAGAAAUCAAUGGCCAAGAAACCCGGUGGCGCUUCGUCAGCCACAAAUCUAGCAUCGUCCGCGAAGAAAACGGUACAGAUGGAAAGAAAUUACAGCCCGGAGGAGAUUGACGAAAUGGCGGCGCAGCUUUUGCCGGUUGAAGUAAUUACUGGUCUUGUGGACAGUAAUUGGAAAACGCGUCUGGCCGCAGUCACACAGCUAUCUGACACCAUUAAGAUGAUGGAUUCGACAGAAGUAUCGGCCCAGGUGUUUGUGCGCACUCUUGCAAAGAAGCCUGGCUUUAAGGACACGAAUUUCCAAGUAUUGAAAUUGCGCAUAGAAAUCGUCAAAUAUCUGGCGGAGAAUCAUCCCUUUACGGCCACCGUUGCCGAAUACUGUCUUAUGGAUAUCGCGGAAAAAUUGGCAGACGCGAAGAACAGUUCGAUCGCUAUAGAAACCUUGCUAGCAAUCGCCGAGGCUAUAAGCUUCGAGUAUGUUGUUGAUGAAAUAGUAGCGUUUGCAUUUAAUCAGAAAAAUCCAAAAGUGCAGCAGGAGACACUACUAUGGCUGUGCCGUGGACUCACAGAGUUUGGUUGUAGUCUCAACAUCAAGUCCAUCAUUGAGAAUAUGAAGAAGGCAGUAGCGGCGACAAAUCCCGGCGUGCGCACCGCCGCGGUUACAUUGCUAGGCACUUUAUAUCUUUAUAUGGGCAGACCACUGUUGACGUUUUUCGAAAACGAGAAGCCCGCGCUGCGACAGCAGAUUGAACAAGAGUGCGAAAGACGUAACGGCGAAACACCACCGACUCCCAUUCGCGGCGCCAAGGCUGGAAAGGUCAAUACCAUCACUGCCGAGGACGAGGAUGAAGACGCAGAGGAGUCAUUGUCAGAGAAGAGAGUAAGCGGCAGCGAUCCAGAUCUCAACGAGCUGAUCCCGCGCGUCGACAUCAACGCCCAGAUCACCGAGGCAUUGCUAGCCGAAUUGGCCGACAAAAAUUGGAAAGUGCGUAACGAGGCGCUGCAGAAAGUGAAUACUCUCCUUAGUGAAGCGAAGUUCAUCAAACCGACUAUCGGUGAUUUGCCGCAGGGAUUGGCUCUACGUCUCGUGGACAGCAAUAGCAAGAUCGCGCAAGCAACUUUAGGUAUAUGCGAAAUGUUGGCGACGGCUAUGGGACCGCCAGUGAAACUGCAUGUUCGCACUCUGUUUCCCGGGUUUUUACAAUGUCUGGGUGAUAGCAAGAAUUGGAUCAGAACAGCCGCGAUCUCCUGCAUCAACACAUGGGGAGAUCAGUGCGGCUGUAAAGAGUUCUUCGAUGGCGAGAUGAUAGGAGAUGCUUUGAAAACGGGCUCGCCAGUGCUGCGAACCGAACUAUGGAAUUGGCUGGCGCAGAAAUUGCCUUUGAUACCGGUGAAACAGAUUCCUAAAGAGGAACUUCUCGUGUGUCUUUCCUACUUGUAUACUAAUCUAGAGGAUCGCAAUUCGGACGUACGAAAGAACGCUCAGGAAGCUGUUCUUGGAUUUAUGAUUCAUCUCUCGUACGAAGCUAUGGCAAGAAACACCGAAAAACUGAAGCCAGGGUCACGGACGGUAGUAAUUGCCGCACUGGACAAAGCUCGUCCCAGUUUACCUCUAAAACCUCUACCUAAGAAAGAACCUUCGGACGACAAUAUCCAGAAGAGUGGCGCAAAAGGUGCAAAAGUUGCAAAAGUGGUUAAAUCGAAGGGCGCGUCGUCCAAACCAGGCAGCGCUCGUAAGAAAGAUGAUGAUGUAGAUAACAGUCCUCUGCUGGUCGUCAAUAAUUUGAAACAUCAACGUGUAAUCGACGAGCAAAAGUUAAAGGUGCUUAAGUGGAACUUUACCACACCUAGAGAAGAAUUCGUCGAGCUUCUAAAGGAUCUUAUGACAGCGGCAAAUGUCAACAAGACUUUAAGAGCAAAUAUGUUUCAUUCUGAUUUCCGAUACCAUUUAAAGGCUAUCGAAACACUCACCGAGGAUAUGCCUGGAAAUAGCAAAGCGUUGGUGUCUAAUUUGGAUCUCAUUCUCAAAUGGUUGACAUUACGAUUUUUUGACACUAAUCCUUCUGUGCUUUUGAAAGGAUUGGAUUAUUUACAAUUGGUCUUUAAUAUGUUAAUUGAAGAUCAAUAUCACAUGCUGGAAACAGAAGCAGCAUCGUUUUUCCCCUAUCUUAUUAUCAAAAUAGGCGAUCCAAAGGAUGCUGUACGUAAUGGCGUACGAGCUUUAUUCAAACAAAUUGCUCUAGUAUAUCCCGUGAGCAAAUUAUUCUCGUACGUGAUGGAGGGUUUGAAAUCGAAGAAUGCACGACAGCGAACAGAAUGUCUGGAUCAAUUAGGCUCGCUAAUUGAAAAUUACGGAGUUUCUGUUUGUCAACCCAGCCCGUCUGCGGCUUUGAAGGAAGUCGCGAAGCAAAUAGCGGAUCGCGACAAUUCCGUUCGCAACGCCGCAUUAAAUUGCAUUGUCCAGGCCUACUUCCUACAAGGAGAGCGUGUAUUCAAGCUUAUCGGCCAAAUAUCGGAGAAAGACAGGUCUCUCUUAGACGAGCGGAUUAAGAGGGCGGCGAAGAAUCGGCCCACAAAGUCCGCGUCCUCUACGAGACUCUCCACGCCUACCGUCGCGACUUCCAGUCCGCCGACGGACGACAUGGAGGCGGACUAUGAAGAGGAACAGGAAGAAAUUCCCGAGCCAAUGGAACCAGUGCCAGAGCUGACACAUGCUUCGAGCACUACUGAUAAUAAUGAGGACGAGCAAGUGUCUUCUGCGGUCAUACAAUCCGAAUCGCCUUCAAAAUCAGGACAGGAAAUUAUCAACGAUUACGCAACUGACGAUUCGAAAACAAAUUCUCCUACUUCAACUCAACUAAAAGUUCCCUCUGGUCCAUUUGGGCUGGACAUGGAAUUCCUGCAGAAGAUUGAAGGUCCAGUAAAAUGUCGUAAUCCGAUACUUGCAGAACCCAGUUUAUCAGAUCUGAACGAGCCUCCAGUGAACAUGUUGAACCCGCCUAAGAUACAGAUGAUACCGAUUUCGCCGCCGAAAAUGUUAGUAUCGAAGUCGUCGUCUGUUGUAUCACCUGCUACUACUAGUAGUAAGGAUGAUACACUAGAGCGUAACAUCUUGUCUAUGGCCAGUAUGGACUUGCCCACUGCAAUACAGUCCAUGAAUGCGAUUGAAAAUUUAUUAAAAUCCCAUCAAGCAGUUACCUUGCAAUCCAAGGAGGACAAAUUUAUCGGGUCGAUAAACAUGCAACUGAAGCUAUUACAGACAUAUCCGUUACGUCAAGAAAAUGCAGAUGUGUCGAGAGGUUUCAGAAAUACAUUCCUUAUUAUACUCGUGUUCUAUGAUACUGGAUUUCUCGGGAAGAAUGUACCUUUUAUCCACUUAAAAGAAUUGGUAGAUCAGAUGAUAAGCCUAUUGGCCGAGAACAAGCUGGAGCAUUUAAAUCAGGCUGGAGCGUAUUAUAGGGUAAUCAAUAACAUCAUGGUGAAAAUUAUCGACAAUUCCAAUCACACCACUAUCAUAUGUGUAUUGAUCAAGCUACUUCAUUCUUGCGCCGAAUCGAAUGUUCCCUCAAAGUACGAGGAGCUAGUAAUGAAGUGUUUAUGGAAGAUAGUGAAAACAAUGUCGAAUUGGGCCGCUGAUUUGGAUUACGAUACGAUACUUUUGGAAGUACAUCGUUUCCUUAAGGAUUAUCCCACUACAUGGUGGAAGAAGCGAAAGUCCGAUACUCCAUUACGGACAGUCAAGACAGUUCUUCACAGUAUGACCAGAGUAAAAGGCAGCUCGAUACUUAAUCACUUGACAUUGAUAAACAACACUAACGAAUCUGAGUUACAUGCUUACUUAAUAAGAUUAAUCGCGAGCCUUAAACCGGAUGAGAUUAAUGCCACAGCGAAAGUGAUGCCCAAAUCUAAUAACGCGGGAAGGACGCAGAAACACCUGUCAAAGUCUACACGUCAACAAUUGGCGGAAAUAUUUAAGAAAAUCGGGUCAAAGGAGCACAUGCAGGAAGGCUUAGUCCAACUGUAUGAUUUCAAACUUCAAUACCCUGAAGCUGAUGUACAACCAUUUCUGGUCAAGUCUCAUCAGUUUUUCCAAGAUUUCAUAGAACAGGGACUGAGGGAGAUUGAUCAAGCGCGAAAAAACCAGAACAUUCUGUCGCAAGCUAACAAUCAAUAUUCUAUGGAAACCACCGAAUCUCUAGCAGCGGUUUCCGAUGAAAAAGACAUGAUGGACCCGAUGUACAGGCUCGAGAAACUCCGAGUCCUCGAAGCACAUGGUAGAAUGACUUCUUCCCAGUCGAAUCCACCGUGAACGAUCAUGCAUAAAGUAUAUUAAUUAGGUAAGCGACACCAUACAUAUAUAUAUAUGUGUAAGACAAGAAAUAUUUGUCUGAAAUCUUUAUUCGCGUCUCUUGAAACAAUCGAUUCCACCGUAUUGUCCACCGCUGAUUAUUUUCGAUUGAAGCGAGUCAUUUUGUGUAUAAAUGUUUUUUUUUUUUUUUUUUUUUUUUUUUUU